AUGACAGAUGAACAACCGAACGUCAUAAACUAUGUAGUGGACAAAAUUCAACAAGGGUAUGGAAGUGAUCACAUUUCAAAAGCUUACAUGCAUAAACCUGCGAGUAACGACACCAAUCGUGUUAUAAUUACCACGGAGAGAGGCUUUAAAGCCAUUUCUGAGUGCAUUCCUGAGACUGUGGUGGUAUUGUCAGAGCAACAUGCCAUUUCCGUGUGCACGACUUCCAGUGAAAACUAUGAAAUUUUCGAGAUGAUGGGUACAGAAUCCGUUUGUAAGGCUAUUGAACGUGAAAAGAACAACACCAUUUGUUUUGGUGGGUUGUAG